AUGUGGAGUCCACCUGAUACCGGCAAUGUUAAAAUCAAUUUUGAUGGUUCAGUUAUUAAUAACUCUACUACUAGUGGUUUUGUAUUCAGAGACCACAACUCAAGAACAUUAUUCACAGCAGCAAGAAAGAUAGGAGAUGCUUCUGUUCCGGUGGCUGAAGCCUUAGCCCUCAGAUAUAGCCUUUUGUUGGCAAGAGAUAGAGGAUUCAGACACAUUGAAGUGGAGGGUGAUUCAAAGUUGGUGAUUGGGGCUGUAAAUGGGAAUGUCAAGUUCCCUUGGAAAUUACGUAGUCUAAUCCAAGAUAUCAAAACCAUUGCAAAUAAUUUUGAGGUGGUUGUGUUUAAGCAUGUUCUAAGAGAUGCAAACUUUGUGGCCAAUGCUAUUGCUAGUGUAGGCCAUAGUUGUACUAAUGAUGUAAUUUGGAACGAUUUUGUUCCAAAUGAGGCGUGUAAUGCGUUUUUUUUUUACAUUGUAAAUGUCGGAUGA